AUCUUAAAAUGACGUCCGUUCGACGCGUUUCAAGUGAUUCAUAGUAUAUUUUCUAUUCUCUAUCAUUGCAAAAUCAUCGAACUUGAUCUCAGCUGCUACAUCUUUUUCGAAAUCCUAUAUUUCAAAUAAUCAGACAACUGAUUCAUAGAACAAGCAGUAGCGCCGUGCCAAAAUGUCGUUUUCCGGCGGAGUAGCAACCGUAGACACUCCCCUCCUGAGCCAUCUGUCCCAGUCUUCAGUAACGCUGUUCCAAGCAAAAGCUCAGAAGCAGUUGACAUUCGAGGCCAUCGCCCAGAGGCUGGGACGAUCAGAAGUAGCAGUGGCAGCUCUCUUCUACGGGCAAGCUCAAGCCUCAACGGAGGAUAUUAAAAAGCUUUCCUCGAUACUUGGUAUUGACGAGGCACAACUGGCUUGGCAACUGCAAGGAUGUCCCGACCGAGGUAGAUUGGUGGAUAUGCCGCCAAAGGAGCCGUUAAUCUACCGGCUCUAUGAGAUUGUCCAAAAUUACGGAUAUGCCUACAAAGCCGUUUUAAAUGAGAAAUUUGGUGAUGGAAUCAUGAGCGCCAUUUCUUUUUCGACAAAGGUAGAAAAAGAGACGGACGACAAGGGCGAUUGGGCCGUCAUAACCAUGAGGGGCAAGUGGCUUCCUUAUUCCCGGUUCUGAGUGGCCCCCGAGCGCGAUGUCUUUACGUACCUCAUUUGCUUGACCUUGCAUGAGAAAAGUUGAUGUAAAUGAACCUCAUUUGAUAUGAAUUAUAUGAUUUGAAGAUGCGGGAUUACUCUGAAAGGUUUGACGUGAUGUUGCAUACAAGCUAUUUAUGUAAUUCUGCAAUUUAUGGUAUUUCAAAAGAGAUCUUUGGAAACAAAAACAAUGCGUUCAGCUAUUUGCGAGCAUUCAAGUGGCUAAGUGCCGCCUGGCUGUUCGAAUUAGGUGCC